GCUGGCCUACCGUGCGAUGGAGGAUCAGCCGUUGCUAAUUCGGGCUACCGUCCUCCGUCCCGUACUGUGACUGACUGGCGACGGAUUGGCAGACUGGCAGGCUGGCAGGCAGACUGCCCUGUCAUCCCUCGGCCCCCUCGUCAGUCAAAAUGCGACAGCUGUCCCCUGUCCCCUGCUCAUCCCAAUCCAACAUAUUCAAUGUUUCGGCUGACGACCUGGCUCCACGCAUCGAUGCAAGCAUUCCUUUGACCAAACCUUCGACGACCAGCCCGAGCACCCUCGACUGGGCCGACCCAUCACUCGCCACCUCUCGUUCUUUCAGCCUCCUCCUGCCAGCGCCCACACGAAUCGCCUCCUCCCGCGUUGCGUUGUGUCCACUCUUUUCCAACCCCGUCUACUCCGUAAUAGCGGCCAGCCACCAGCACGGGGCCGUUCGACGAUCCCCUACUCCGUGCUCCACACUCGGCCGGACAUCGAAGCGCAGAUCCAGAUUCGAGCCAGAGCCCUGCACGUCUCCUCUCCAACACAUCGCUCAAUAAUGCUCCCCCGAUCACGCCUGCUGCUCCUCGGAGCGGCUCUCUUCGGAGCCUCCUUCGCCGCCGACGAAAAGACCACGACCACAACAGCCUGCACGGCGACGGCAACCGGCGGCAAGGCUUACUUCGACCUGCGCCCGGAUAUCGCAGUCGCUCCAAAGGACGGCAAGCACAAGCGCUCCAAGUCAGAGGACUACACAGCCAGGGGCUACGACUAUGGCUACAACUUCACACUGAACAUAUGCGAGGCUGUCAUAGACAAGCCAGAAAAGGUCGUGGGCAUCGAAGAGGCCCUCUGGAAGAACGUCAGCGCAUACUAUGAGGGCAAGGAUGGGAAGACAUACUCCCUAGGACAGCAGUCAUCCGUCCUGACCCCGAGAGGAAGCCAGCUGGUCCUGCAGUACUCUGGUGGCUCACCGUGCGGCUCAUCAUCAAAGAAAAGAGGUGUCCAACCGAGCGAAGCAUCAGACGUUCUGCCAUCGCCCGACAGGCCCGACAGGGGUUCAAGCAACAGCGCCUACUCCAGCUCCUUGGACACCGUGACAAUCGGGGACGACAACACCGUGUUGAUCGAGAAGGCCGAGGAGGUCAGGCGGAAAUCCGCAACCAUCUCGUUCCGCUGCGACCGCGAGAGCGUCAGCCCCACCGCCACCGUCUCCUUCGUCGGCGCGGACCCAGACGAAUGCAACUACAUGUUCGUGGUGCGCAGCCAACACGCAUGCGCCGGCGUCCAGCCCUCCAAGCCCGGGAGCGUCGGGCCCGGCGGGGUCUUUGCCCUCAUCUUCCUGAUUGCUAUCGCCGUGUACUUUGCCGGCGGUGUCUUCUACCAGAGGACGGUGGCCAACGCCCGGGGCUGGAAGCAGCUGCCCAACUACAGCCUCUGGGCGGGCAUCUGGAGCUUCAUCUCGGAUACCUUUAUCAUUCUAACCUCGUCGUGUGCCCGUUUCAUGCCGAGCCGGAGGGGCUACUCUUCUCUUUCAAUAUCACCAAAUGGGCGCGGGAUGGGCCGGAGCAGAGAAGACGAGGACCGGCUGAUCGGCCAGUUGGAUGAGGAGUGGGAUGACUGAAGGAGCAGACCCACGGCAAGAAGUCGACUUGGGCGGCCGUUGGAUUUCGAUAGACAAAAUGCACGACAUUGUUGUUCGGCCUAGGCAUUAUUACUACGGACCGUGGGAAUCUGGCGUUCACAGGGUAGACGGCGCAGGGCUAUUGGUAUUUACAUGCCCAGGCUGAAUUCAAAAUAUAGGUACGGAAUUCCUCGCAUCUGGGCCUCACGAUAUUUAGAAGACCUUGAACUCCACCAGGCGGACCUGCUUGCCAUCUUGCGGCACAAACACCAGCCGUACAUUAUUAGUCGUGGCAGCAUCCCACUCGACGUUUGUGAUGCCAUUGGCCAGGGGCUCGUCGGCCUUGGUGGUCGUCACAUCCGACCAACUGCCGCUGCCGUCCUCCACCUGAACGACGUAGCUCGCCGGGACAGCGUACGAGCCCGUGACGCUCGCAAAGGUCCCGUCCACAUAGGUGUACGUCCCGGGCUCGUCGCCCUCAUAGAAGGCGAUCUCGGCGCGGCUGAUCUCAGUGCUGGCACCAAAGUCGACCGCGAACCACUGUGAGCUCUCGCCGUCGCCGACGGCAGAGUUAUACCCGUUGACAAUCUCGGUCCAGAACCAGACCCGCCCGUCGAUGGCAUCAUGGAUCUGCUGCGCGUCGGCGCCCUCGACCGAGCUGCUGCCCCUGGGGUAUUCGCUGUCGCUCUGCAGCUGGAUGGACUUUGCUAGCGGCCUGUCGAUGGCCGGCGCCGCGACGGCGGCGACGGGUGUGACGAGGCGGGCCAGUGUCGGCGAGGAUGCCACCUCGGCGCCGUCGACCUCGAUUACCAGCCCCGCGCGGCCGAAGUGCGACCCGUCCGCGUCCCACUGCACGCUGACCUGGUGCCCGUGGUACGGCACGUUGUCGACCCGGAACCACGAGAUGCUGCCGUCGACCAGCGGGUUCACCUCGAGCGAGGCGUCCGCACGGGGCCGGAUGCCCACCAGCCCGGAGAGGAUCAGGUCCACGUACCCGGAGUGGAAGUAGUGCGGGCUGCGGGCGAGGCCGACGAGCGCGGACCCGUUGUUGGGGUAGUAGUCCUCCUCGAGGUUCAGCACGCCGGCGCUGUCGAAAUGCAGCUGCGUGUACUGCCUGAGGAGGCCGACGUAGUCGCCGUUGGUGAUGACGGACUGGCUGUAGUGGUCCAGCAGGUUGGACAUGGCGCUCAGGGCCUGGGUGGUCUGGAAGGGCCAGACGGGGCCGUUCCACUGGCACUCCCUGAGCCCCGAGACGCCGUCAUAGCGGUACUGCCGCAUGUAGUACUCAUAGCUGGGCUCGGCCGUACGGAGUCCCGCCUCGCCGCGCAGCUCGUCCGUGUCGAGCGCGUGCUUCCAGGCCGCGCUGUACUCCACCCCGGCACUGGACGCCGGCACAAAGUCGAAGGCCCAUGGGACCAGUCCCACGAGCUCCCGGCCGCGGAUGAAGUCCCAGUACUUGACGUAUUGGUUGCCAACCUUGAACCGGUC